AUGUUUGCAUUACCAUCAACACCCACUCCAAAAACACGUCAAACAAACUGGUCUUCGAUAAGAUAUAACAGCACCGCUGCUGCUACUGCAAAUGCAACUCCCACUCCCAACACAACCACAACGACAAACUCUCUUGUUCAACCAAUCGACAUUGAACUUGAAAUUGAUCCUCAAUUAACACAAUCACAAACAUCUUCUCCUCCAACUUCGUCUCUUCGUCAGACGAUACCAUCCUCUUCGCCUUUUGUUCAUCACCAAAGGAUCAUAUCCACCUCACCACCACCUUCGCUCGAGAGAAACUUGCACACAAGUCCAAUGCAGCCUCCAUACCCCAACACGCCUUCACCACAAUCUUACGGUCUAAGUGGUACAGUCAUUGUCAACGAACCUUCGUCGAUCAUGCAGUCUCAUGCUAGUGAAACCGACUGUGGUUCUCAUUCUCAUUCUCAAUCCGAUGUCUUCAUGUCUCAUGCUGUACCAAAGAACUCUAAGCCUGCUCUACGCCCCUCACUAUCACACAAUGGUGUUCAAAAUGCACCUUCACCUUCUUGGCCUAGAAGAGUCAUGACUACCGGAUCUUCCUUCCCACCUCCUCCACUUCCUACCUACUCCUUUGAUGAUCGGCUAAAUGGUAACAGCAACAAUAACAUCAGCAAUGUCCGACAGCAGAGUGUACCCCUCAUUGCGCCCGCUGUCAAUUUCUCGGCCUCGACCUCUUCUUCAUCGGCUGUUUCCGAUAACAAUAAUACUUCCAAUGGUUCUAUUGUUCAUGGUAACAAUCACCAUCAAAAUCAGAAUCAGACUCAAUCGACACACGAGGUUGACACGCCUUAUCUAUCAAAUACAUCAUCGACUAACUCAACUACAAAUACAAAUACAUCACACCCUCAUCAUCACCUUGCCACUCAUCCUUACCCUCAUCCUCAUCCUCAUCCACACCAAACAUACUAUACUCAUCCUCACGAGGAACACCAACACCAACAACCACAUUACCCUGGUCCAAUUUCAUACGACGGUUAUCCUUCCUCGACAACAUCACCUUGGCAACAACCAAUGUCAACCAUCCUUCCCUCUCAUCACCAUCAACAACAACAGCAAUCCCCUUACCAUUGGGGCAUGCACCAUAUGGCCAUCCCUCAAAAGCAGGACGAACCUAUCCUCGCUCCCGGUGAGCUUCCAGCUCCUAGACCGCCCAUGUCUUAUGCUGCUCUCAUCGGUGAAGCUCUACUGCUCGCUCCUCCGCCUCAUCAACUGUAUGUUUCUGAAAUAUCUGAUUCGAUCAAGAAGAGAUAUCCCUACUACCGACAAAACCCUACUAAGAUUUAUAACGGAGUACGACACCAAACGUCGAUGUGCAAAGCCUUCGUCAAGCUACCUCGACCAUUCGGUGAUCAAUCUGGCGGUGCACGAAAGUGGGCCAUUCGAGCAGGUUGCGAAACCUGGUUUGCAGGUGGUGGAUACCAUCCACCAUCCUCUACACCUCCUUCGACCAAACCACCUAAAGUAGGUGGUAAAGCUAAGAGCACCGCACGAGCCAAGCAUCUUAUCAUCGGUACUUCUGCUGAAGAUAAGAAAGCUAGAGGUAUGUUUGGUGGUGGAUAUCCUGAUUCUGGAUCAUCAGGUGAAGGUCCAUCUUCCGGUCCUGCAUACGAUGGUUCUUCUAGACCAUUAAGCCCUUACUCUCAAUAUGGUCAACACCAAGCAUCAUCCGGUACAACGGGUUACGGUGCACCUGCGCCACCUCCACCUAACGGACAGCAUUUACCUCCAGGUUACCACUAUAUUCCUAUUCCCCCCGCUCACGGUCACCCACAACCAAACCAACCGGUCUAUGUACCUAUCUGGGGACCAUACGUCCAACAACAAGGUAAUCCCAACGCCAAUGGUGGUUCGUAUUAUCAACAACAAGGUAGUGAAUCGCCCGAACAGACUUCAUGGGGUAGAGGAGGAGGAAAUGGACUUGAAACUCGAUCUAACGACGGUACACAUGUCAGCUCAAGUUACGAUGAAGUCAAGAUGAUGCCUCAGUCUCAAUCUCAACAACAAAUCGGUUCACCUGCUCCUUCUGUCCAUUCGAUCGGCAGAUCUAUCCAUAGUUCUCAUGGUGCUUCACCUGAGACUAUGUGA